AACAGAAUGCAGACUUUUAUAAAUAUUUUUCUAGGAUUCUUUAUCUUUGAGUCUGUUGGAGCUGCACCUAUCACUGAUACAAUAACUUAUGAUUCUGAGUUCUAUGACAUACCACUUGAAGAGCUGCCUCACCCAUUUGUCUAUGAUGAAAACAAGCAGUUUGACCAAGUAAAGGCCAAGACUGGGACAACACUACCUUCUAUAAUUCAAGAGAUUUAUUCUUCUGCACCAUUGACAGAAGAAACUGAGGACGAAGCAUCAACACCAAAAUUAAUUGAUGGAUCUUCAGCACAGGGAUCUGGGGUUCUUGGACUCCAAACUCAAGACGGUCUUCCCACUUGCCUUUUGUGCACAUGCUUAGGAACUACAGUCUACUGUGAUGAUCGUGAGCUUGAUGCUGUUCCACCAUUGCCUAAGAAAACCACGUAUUUCUAUUCACGCUACAACAAAAUCAGGAAGAUCAGCAGAAAUGACUUUGCUAACUUAAACAACCUAAAAAGGGUUGAUUUGACUGCAAACAUUAUAUCAGAUAUUCACAAGGAUGCCUUCCGAAGAUUGCUCCAACUUCAAGAGCUGGUGCUCCGUGACAACAGGAUAAGGCAACUCCCUGAGUUACCAUCUACCUUAACAUUCCUUGAUGUUAGUAAGAACAGGCUUGGUCACAAAGGAAUACGUAAUGAGGCAUUUAAAGAUCUGAAUGAACUGCAGCAUCUUUACAUCACUGACAAUAACUUGGAUCAUAUUCCCUUGCCACUCCCUGAAAGCCUCCAAGCUCUUCAUCUUCAGAACAACAAUAUUCAAGAGAUGCAUGAAGAUACUUUCUGCAAAAUGAGAGAUUUUACUUAUGUACGUAGGGCUCUUGAAGACAUCAGACUGGAUGGUAAUCCCAUCAACUUGAGCAAAACACCUUAUGCAUAUAUCUGUCUACCCCGUUUGCCAGUUGGUAACCUCAUCUAA